AAUCGUUUAUCUGCUGGAUGUGUUUGUGCUAGUUGCAUAACAUCUUUGCAUUGUAAUUUUCAUGCGUGUAUUUGACAACACGGUCAUGUUGAGCUGGAGAGACUAAUGUUAGCAGCUAUCUGCUAGCCUAGAUGGUUAGCUAAGGUUACGUUUCGAUCAUGAUACAGCCGUAACAGCUUUUUCGAACUCUCAUUUUAGUGAAUUAGUGAAGACAUGUCAUACAACACUCCAUUUUGUUUAAUCCAAAACCCACGGCAACAUUUCUAAUGUAAGUCAGUAAGCAGGAAUGGCACAAACGUUUCAAGGACUUAAGACCUGAGCUAGCUUGGUAGAGCAGCGUUAGCCUAGUUGCUAGUCUCAAGUCGUGUUGUGGCUAAUCAAAACAAAAUGGUACACCGAGUUGACGAUUGAUAAUGUCUGAGAUGUUUAAACGGUCCUGUAGACCUAUCAUCUUGUAGAGCAGUAUAAUUAUUUUCUGAUGUAUGACAUGUAGAUGCUAGGCGUUACAUUAGCCAUGUCAAAAGUGAUGUAAAUGGUCUGUGUCAAAACUAUGAACAACUAUUUGUUUACUUGGCUCGUUUGAUUUCCGGCUUGUCCGUUACCCACUUGCUUAGUAGCUAAGCUGUGUUUCUGGCACCGGUGCAGUUGGGCUAGCGCCUGGUUUAUAUAAUACUACGCUAUUAAGGAGAUUGAGGUAUUUUGUCGACCAUAAAUUCAGUUGGAAUAUAACACGACAAGUGAGGUAUCGAAGCAACUACACGUGAACGCUGCAAUUGUGUCAUUCUGGUGCUUGAGGGGACAAGACUGACUGACUGGCUGCUGGUUUUGGUGGGAGACCACUGAUUGGCUGCUGGUCUGGUGGGCGGGGACACGACUAAUUGGCUUCUGGUCUGGUGGGUGGGGACAGGACUGACUGGCUGCUGGUCUGGUGGGCAUCGACAACUGACUGGCUGCUGAGUCUGGUGGGCGUCGCUUGUCGGGCUGGCUCCACCCCCACCGGGCGGCAGCCUGCGCACUCAGCCGCCCCCUCCUCCGCGCUCACCUGGCCUGCAUGCCCGCGCCCAUGCCCCCACUGCCUCACGGACCUCCAACGCCAUGUGCAUCCCGCACAGCAUGGAGGCGGGCAAGCACAGCGGUGGCCACAGCCAAGGUCAUGCUCCUCCCACUCCCCAGCAGCAGCAGCCUCAGAUGCAGCAGCAGCAGCAGCAGGGGGCGGCCGGGCCAGACAGGAGGCGCUCUGGGGGCGGCGUGGCCCUCGAGCCCUUCGUGCACCAGGUGGGCGGCCAUACCAGCAUGAUGCGCUACGACGACCACACCGUCUGCAAGCCCCUCAUCUCUCGUGAGCAGCGCUUCUACGAAUCCCUCCCGCCAGAGAUGAAGGAGUUCACCCCAGAGUACAAAGGUGUUGUGCUGGUGUGCUUCGAAGGAGACCUGGACGGCUACAUCAACCUGGUGGCGUACCCCUACGUGGAGAGCGAGGGGCUGGAGCAGGAGGAGCAGACGGAGCGCGACCGAGACGCACCUCGCCGCAAGCACUCCCGCCGCAGCCUCCACCGCUCCAGCAGCGACCACAAGGACAAGGAGGAAAAGUCUGCGCACGAGAGCGACAGCAGUGAGAAUUUGCAGGAGUUGAAGAGCCCCCGCCUGGAGCUGCACAUGCACUCGGAGGUGCCAUUCCAGAUGCUGGACGGGAACAGCGGCCUCAGCUCCGAGAGGAUCACCCACAACCCCUGGAGCCUUCGCUGCCACAAGCAACAACUCAGCCGCAUGCGCUCCGAGUCCAAGGAUAGGAAACUCUACAAAUUCCUCUUGCUGGAGAACGUAGUGCAUCACUUCAGCUAUCCCUGCAUCCUGGACCUGAAGAUGGGCACCAGGCAACAUGGGGAUGAUGCUUCCGAAGAGAAGGCUGCGCGCCAGAUGAAGAAAUGUGAACAGAGUACCUCCGCCACACUGGGGGUACGGGUCUGUGGCAUGCAGGUAUACCAGAUGGACACAGGGCAUUACCUUUGCAGGAACAAGUACUACGGACGCGGCUUGUCCAUUGAUGGCUUCAGGCACGCCCUGUUUCAGUACAUGCACAACGGUACGCAGCUGAGACGGGACCUGUUUGAGCCGAUCCUGGGCAAGCUGCGCAGCCUGAAGGCGGUGCUGGAGCGCCAGGCCUCGUACCGCUUCUACUCCAGCUCGCUGCUCAUCAUCUACGAAGGCAAGGAGCCUGAGGCCGAGGCUGUAUGGACCAAAGCUGAAGUCCUGGUCAAGGACAAGGACGCCAGCCAAGGCCUGCUGGUCCCCUUUCACUCACAACAACAACAACAACAACAACAACAACAACAACCGCCCCUCCCCCAGCCACUGCAGUCCCUCCCCCAGCCACUACAGCCACAACUGUCCUUUCCUCAGCCCAUGGAGGCCAGCCCAGCUGUGGAGUCGUCGGCUACUACUGCGGACACCCCCAUGCCCCCAAAGCAACCUCCUCCUACAGUCGCCCCUCGCCUCACCACCUCCUCCAUCACCACCACCACCACCACCUCCUCCUCAUCAGACAGCCAGUCCUGUCUUCAGCAGCAGCAGCAGCAGCAGCCGCCCAGUGUGGACGUGCGAAUGAUCGACUUUGCACACAGCACCUUCAAAGGUUUUCGAGACGACCAGACGGUUCACGACGGGCCCGACCAGGGCUACGUGUUUGGACUAGAGAGCCUCAUCAAAAUCCUGGAGGCCAUCAGGGAAGAGAACAAGUGACUGACAAGACAUAGCCAACCUCUACACUUGAUAUAAAACUUUAUUUUUUAACCUUUUCUUCCUGCAUUUUGUUCCCAAGUAUCAUCCUCAGUUCCUGUCUUUGUCCAACCUCAGUCUUCAGACAGCCUACUCAUUAAGUUGUCAGUCUGCAGUGACCUGGUCACAGAGCUGACAACUAAAAGCACAGAGAAAAAAAAAAUAGGGAUAUUCCUCAUUGUUGCAUAUAUGCAAGCAGACUGAUUCUGGAACUCUUUCUUGCCAUUCGUGAGCAGAAAUGAUCCUGACUCUUCUGGGUGCUGGCCAGUAGGACAGACUAUGUUGCUGUCCUUUCACCUCACAGUGGAAAAACAAACAACUUUUUUUGUGUGCUGUGUUAUUAGGGCAUGUCACCGCCCUGUGGCCAUGUGCUGUUACUGCAUGUAUUCGCCAGGCAUAGUUUCAGGUCUAUUCCAUGGUCAAGUCCCACCACCACAUUGUACAGUUGGUUAUGCCCAUUCGAGUCUGUGUUAUGAUGACACAUUAAGACACAUGAUUGGAUGGCUGCAGGGAUCUUUUUAUUUGACUCAUCCUCUAUAACAGUGUUACCAGGCAGGAAGGGCAAGACAGUGGAACCGCCCGUAGCCUCCCCCUGGCCGACAGAGAUGUAUUGGGGAGGGGGAAAAGGGAGUUUUUAAGUUACCCAGGUCCCUUGAUAUGAAACUGAAGGUGAACCAUUUCCCAACACUUUAUGGAUUAAGUGAUAAUCACCCCACUGCUUGUUGGUUUGAAAAAUUGCGUUUUGCAGGUCAUUUAUUUAUUUUAAAUGUUGCUCUCUCUAUUGUAGUCCUUUUGAUUCCAUUUUAAUGCAGUCACUGUGUGUGUUGUUUACGUUUCCAGUCAAAGCUGUUGGUUCUCCUGGAGAUGACAUUUCUUUUUAUUUUUAUUUGGUCUCAUCAUCCCUUCUAUAUAAAUAGGAGACCUGACCCCUAGAUAUGUCUGCCAGACAGUGUGUAUACAGCUUUUUUGUGCUCAGUUUUUCUUGUGUUACAAGCUUUUGUCAAACCCAAAGAGAAAAAAAAUACUCCACAUACCAUUUGCACUGUAAAACAUUGACAGCAUUUUUGUUUGUGGUUGUGGUUAUUGCCUAGGCACUGUCUAUAUAAAGUAAUCACACAGA